UCCUCUAAUAGUUAACUACCAUACUCUUUCAACAUCCCCCCCUUUCUUCAACAUUCAGUCGUGCCUAAACGUGCGCAGGGCUACGAGACUCCAACUAUUGUAUUAUUCAUUUUACUCUUAUUCAUGUAACUUGAAUUUAUCUAGCAUACAUAAUUCCGCCUUAGAAUCUGCGCUUUUUUGCACAGCUACAUUUUUUCAUCCAGUGUUAGCUGCUACUGCGUCCUGAUACACCAACUCUGCGCGCUCUCAUUUCAGACGCACUGUUAUUUCUUCUGCUCAGAGUUGGCCUUUGAUAUUUGACACCAAUAGUCAUCGUCUCCAUGGAUCACCUCCGAAGAUGGCGGGAAGAGCGCCGGGCUCGGAAAGAACCUCAACCAAAGUAUUGGCGUCAUUCGAUGGUAUUCCCAGUAUUACCAUCUUACGACUCUCGCGUUCCCGUGCGAGCCGCACAGCCCAUUGGUGACGAAGCUGUUCCCUGCCAAUCCUUCCUAAAGCUGCCUAGCGAGAUCAGGAAUGCGAUAUACAAAGAGGUUUUCGGAGGUAGAGUCAUCCAUCUCUACCUCGGACACGGAAAGCGCCAGGGGACUUGGGAACCGCGGGGCCAGAUCUGUCGCCGGAAAUGGGAGGUGCUAAGAGACACCCGCUAUGAGCCGACAAGAGAAAUACCCUUUCAGGAACCCUUCGCGUACGACAUGUGUUUAGGGAAGGAUUGGGGCCCAGAUCUAGAGAAAUUUGGGGUUCUAGGAUUGCUUCUUGCAUGUCGACAGACGUAUCACGAGAGCCUUCCUUUUCUCUUCUCGGAGAAUACGUUUUACCUCGAAAUGGGCGCCGCUCCGGCGCUUCUCCACAACUUUAAAAGCAUAUUACCCGAGUCCCAUCUCGUCAGAGUCACAUCUCUUGAACUGACUUGCUAUUUUAAAUGUUUCACGGCCGCCAAACCCUGGGAUGGACACCGCUAUUGUGUGGACCUCCCCAAUCGCCUCAUCGAUACCUUCCCAAACCUAAAGUCACUCAAACUGAUCGACUUAUCGCUCAUUACGCGGCCUUGCGCCCGUUUUCCUGCUGGCUCGUCAUUGGUAGUCGGGAAUUUUUCGCCCUUAAAUAUUGCUUGGGAGAUGGUGGAGAACUGGUCGAGAAGAAUCCGUGGAUUGGCAGUCCGCUCGAGAUUUGGCGUUCCGUGGAUUCUAAUCCGGGUGUUGGCUACUGGAUCGCAUAUGUCGAUACGCCUGCCACGUAUGCAACGUGCUUUAGUGGCGAAUCCCAUUGAUUUUCUACAUUUCCAGAAAUACCAUGCUCAAAGGCGAGUGUCAUGCAUCUUUGUGGACCACUACUAAUAGUGGUUGCGGGGCCUGCAAUGCCAAUACAGACGUAGUAAUCAAGCCACAGACCGCCACAAUCUGUUCCUA